GCCGCCAAACCGAAGAGUAGCGUCGCCUUGCGAAGGUUCUAAGAACACACUCAAUUGAAAGAUGAGCUCUCUGAAGAUAUCUCUGUGCUUGCCAUUUGGCUGGCUUUUGUUUUCUGUACUUGUGCUAUGUGCCGUCGGCUUGCCAUGGGACUUCGAUCCUGAUGCUUCUGACCCAUACGACGACGAAAACGACGAUCGAGCGGUUGCGUUUAAUACAAGGUCGUCCCCCGUAAUAGAACCAUUAAAAAUAAAAAACAAGGAUCAAUUCAUCGAUCUCAGCCAGUCAAACCAAUGCGGUCAAUCUAAGAGUGGUAUUGUACCUAAAGAUCCAAACCUAAAUUCGACUUAUCAAUCGGAGUACGGCGCCUUUCCCUGGAUGACAGCCAUCUUCAACAACAGCCGAUUUAUUGCCGCCGGCACUUUGAUCCGAAUGGAUGUUGUCCUUACGUCAAGGGAUUCAAUAGAGAGCAUACCGAAGGAAAAACUUCAAGUGGUCGCCGGCGCCUGGGACCUCCGAGGUUCGGGGGAAAAGUUUUCUAAGCUCAAUCGCUCUGUGAUUGAUGUUUCAGUUUGGGAAAGUGUCGCCAUCAUCUUUCUGACCACGCCCUUCCUCAAAGUUCCGAGCAUCCAGACAAUCUGCCUGCCUCAGCCUGGGGCUGUGUUCACCGAGAUCGACUGCCAGACCAUAGGCUGGAGUCAGCCCUCCGACACCGCCACCAGCCAGUCUGACAUACUCUGGUUCAGAAAGAACGUCGUCAUGCCUCGAGAGGAUUGCGAAAGUUUAAUUGAUAUCCAGGACAAUAGGACCCAGGAGCCUGGCUUCUUCUGUGCGGUGGAUGCGUCCAACGAGUUUAGCCCACUUAAUAUUGGCGCUGGGCUCUUCUGUAGAAGUAAAAUCAGCAGUCCCGCAGUUAUGGCAGGACUGGCCCUCACAAGCAGGGGCUGGAGCUUGGAUAAUCGGCCUUCUCUCUUUGCUGAUAUACCGCACUAUGUGGAAUGGAUUCAGAGAGAACUGACUGAUGACGAGACACCCGAAAUCAAACUUCAUGAUCAAAAAUAAUCCCAUAACACUCUUGAUUUCUUCUCGUACAUCUUAGCUUUACACCGUUGAAUAUUGUGUUGCAUGUGCCAGGCAAGGAAUAACUUAUUUAAGGUUUAAUAUGCUGUAUAUAAUAUUUCCUUAUCAGCAAAACAUGUUUACGUACUAUGAGCAUAUGUAUGCAUAUGUACUUUGCGCUUGAUCUUCUGUUUGUCAGCGAAUUAAGCUCUUCGCAAUUUUGUCUGGCAGUUUCAGAGCUUUAAAGAGUAUGUUAAUAAUGUACACAGGCAUUGUUUGUCCAAAGAACGAAUAUAAUUUAAUCUUAAAUAGAAUUAUUUGAAUAGAAAACGAUCUAAAAAAU